AUCUGCUUGUUCCCAAUAUUGCAACCAACAGAUAUAUUUCUUCCCGCGAACCCUAUUCCGCCAGAGCGCAAAAUACACUCUAAAAUUCAGAUUUGUAUACAUAUAUUCAUCUCCAGUCCUUCCGAAGAGCCCUCCUGGGUGCAGAGGGAUCGUCCUCUCCUUUCUCUCCCCACGUUUGUACAUUGUCUCUCUCUUUUCGAAACACUUAAGGACACCGAUUCUCGUCUGCCUCGCUCUCUAAAACUCUCUCUGCUCUUGGUCGAUACUAUCUUCACAUCUCCUGCUCCCACCGCCGCCUUCGCCAUGGCGCGCGUGAACCUUCCGCCGCUCACGCGCUCCCUCCUCAUCACUCUCAUCGCCUUCACGCUGCUCAACGCAAUAAUCCAGCCCGAAUACACCGCCCUCGGCCCUUUCACGCGCAAAGGCAAUGGCUCCCCCUAUAUAUCCAUCGUACCUCGCCGGUCGUGGAAAUACCCCUGGACUUUCGUAACCGCUUCGUUCGUCGAGCAGAAUGUCUUUGGCUUGCUGGUCUCCGGCCUGACCUUGUUUUACGGCGGCCGCUACCUGGAGCGAGCAUGGAGCAGUGCCGAGUACGCAAAGUUCAUACUCAUCGUGGGCGUUGUGCCCAACUUGCUCUGCUUCCUAGUCUACAUCUUCCUAUACGAGAUCAGUGGCAGCGACAAGGCCUUAAGCGCCACCAUCUCCGGCAGCAUAGCCAUCCAAGCUGCCUUUCUUGUUGCUUUCAAGCAACUCGUGCCCGAGCACACCGUCUCCAUCCUCAAAGGCCUCCUGCGCAUGCGCGUCAAACACUUCCCCGCCGUACACCUAUGCGCCAACACGCUAUCCGGUGUACUGCUGGGCACCGAAACAGCCAUGUUCCUCUCCUGGCUGGCUUUCUUCACGUCCUGGAUCUAUCUGCGCUUCUACCGCAAGACGCAGCUGUUGUCCACCACCGCGACGGGCGAGGGCUCCACCACAAUCAAGGGCGACGCAAGCGAUACCUUCGCCUUCGCGUACUUCUUCCCCGAACCCCUCCACACGCCCGUCGCCAUCGUCGCAGACCACGUCUACAGGAUCGUCACCGGCCUCAGGAUCCUGACUCCCUUCUCGGCAGACGACAUAGAGAGCGGAAACGAGGCCGCCAUGGCCAGGGCAGAGGGCGGGCUCCCGAACCUGAUGAACACAAGGAGAGGCGGCGGAAGGAGGGAAGAGGCGGAGCGGAGAAGAGCGCUUGCCCUGCAGGCCCUCGACCAGAGGCUGAACGCUGCGGCGAACCGUCAGGGCGCCACGAGUCCCGUGUCCGCCGCCGUCUCGAUUUCUGCCCCCGCGCCGGCACCAGCAACCGCAGAAGCCGCCUCCGUGUCGAGUGAGGCGCCCGCCAAGUCGUGAAGGGCGCGCUUCCAUGCGCAUCCGGCGCCGUGUGUGAUACUGCUUCUGGACUCACGAACAUCGUCUUGUGUGCUCCUAUCUGUGAUAUUUUUUCCUUUACGGUCCCUUGGUUUCAGGCGAUGGCGUCCUGGGAGGUCUGUUCGUUCCGAGGGGGAUUACAAAAGAAAAACGGCGGUUCGACGGUGCAGGUAAGGAGGUUGGGAGGGAGGAGUGAAGAAGCAGGAAAGCAGCGGAGAGUUCACUUCUCAUGUCGUUUUCAUUGUUUCUAUUUUGUGGUCAUCGUGGAUGAUGCGACAUUCAUCGUUUUUUUUCGGGUUGCGCCAACGAUACCAUGGGCUCGCGACGGAGCUCCGAAGUCUCUUUUCGAUGCUUAAUUGAUUUGUGGAAGGUCCUGCGGUACAUAUGUGCACCCACAUAUACGCACGGUCUACGCUACAUGUAUCUAUACAGGAGGCCCAUAACGCGCCAUAACCAUUUUGGCCUUUUCGCUUUCCAUCAAAAAAGGGAGUAGAGAGGGGAAUAUUAUGUAUAACACAGAGUACGAUCACACCAAGGAAGUUUUGAG